AUGGACACCUCACCAGCAACAUCCUCACAAGAUGUGAUUGAAACAGGGAAAAGGACUCAGGAUGCUAUGCAGACCGACUCUGGACCCGACAAUUCCGCUCUCAAGAGCUAUCUCACCAUUCUCUCCUAUGGGUCGCGUAACGGCGGCAUUGUAACUAUGGUGCUGGGCCUGCUGUGCGCCAUUGCAUCCGGAGUAGCGGUUCUCCUGAAGGCCCUGCCCUUGAUGAAUAUUGUGUUUGGCAAUCUCGCCGGUGAGUUCAAUGGAUACUUUGUACUCGGUACCGAGACCAGCGAGCAAGCCUUCAAGGCGUCCGUCAACAGGAACAGUCUCUAUAUCGUUUAUCUGUUCAUCGGCAAAUUCACCCUGACAUACAUCUCCAUGAUCUGCUUCCGAAUUAUAAGCCUUCGGGCUUCGGCAGCCCUGCGCCUCGAAUAUAUCCAAGCGCUCUUUGGGCAGCCAGUGCGCAAGCUGGACGAAACAUCCGUUGGCACCGUUGCAAACGCGAUUACGUCGCUCUCCAAUACCAUCCAGCAGAGCAUCUCAGAUAGACUGGCCAUUUUGUUUCAAUCUCUGGCGCUAUUGGUGGCCGCCUACGCCAUUGCCUUUCGCUAUUCCUGGGCGCUGACACUGGCCGUCAGUUCGGCGAUUCUCUUCGUCCUCCUUGCGUACAGUAUAACCGUCCCGAUGCUAGUCAAGGCGCACCAAUUGGUCGACAGGGCCGACGAGAAGCACGCAGCAAUCGCGGCCGAGGCGUUUGGCUCGAUUCGCACGGUUCUCUCCCUGGGGGCAGAGGUUCCCUUGUUGAACAAGUAUGUGGUCUGGGUCGAUGAGGCGCGAAAGCGAUCAAGCCGUCUGUGCCCAGUCACUGGGAUCCAUCUUGCCCUCCUGUUCUUUGCCAUGUAUUGCAGUUACGCGUUGGCCUUUUGGUUUGGCCUCAAGCUAUAUCGCCAAGGGGGCAUUGGCAACGUGAAUACUGUGAUUAUUGUAUUCUUCUCUGUUUUGCUUGUUGUUACGGUGCUUGGAGGAAUCGCCUCGCCGCUUAUGAGCAUCGUCAAGGCCACAAGUGCAUCCGGGCCCUUCUUUGAUAUGAUCAAGUCAAAGCGCAUCUCAACGCAGGGCUUGCGCAGUCCUACUGUAUCCAGUCAGUGUGACAUCGUCUUUGACUCUGUGACAUUCGCCUAUCCCACUCGACUGCAGACAACAGUGCUGAAGGGGUUCAGCGCCCGGUUCCGCAGUGGCAAGACAACGGCCAUGGUGGGCCCUUCCGGCUCUGGCAAAAGCACGAUCAUUGCUCUCAUUGAACGUUGGUAUGAGCUGGAAGAUUCAGCGGCUUCCCAUGGGAAGGGUCCAUCCCAAGGACGCAUUCUCAUAGAUGGGCGCAACAUCAACACACUCGAACUGAAGUGGUGGCGAACCCAGAUUGGUCUGGUCGAGCAGGAACCUGCGCUGUUUAAUGACACUGUCUACAAUAACGUGGCAGCUGGCCUGAUUGGAACACAAUGGGAGCAUGAGCCGGAGGCGAUGAAACUAGAGCUGGUUGUCACGGCUUGUCGCGAGGCCUUUGCGAAUGAGUUCAUAGAUAGGCUUCCUCUGGGUUACUCGACCAUUGUCGGUGAGGGCGGGAUCAACUUGAGUGGAGGGCAGCGCCAACGACUCGCCAUUGCGCGAAGCGUCAUUCGGCAGCCUACAGUCCUGAUCCUGGAUGAGGCGACCAGUUCGAUUGAUGUACGCGCGGAGCAAAUAGUCCAGGCUGCUCUGGAUCGGGUGUCCAAAGACAGAACGACCAUCAUGAUCGCACAUCGCCUGUCGACUGUGCGUGAAGCAGACCAUAUCGUAGUGGUCAAGGACGGAACUAACAUCGAGGAAGGAUCUCCGCAGGAUCUCAUGGAUCGGGGUGAAUUUUACCAUGGCCUCGUGCAUGCUCAAUACCUGCAGACUCUGUCGGACCCGGAACUACCUGCGAAACUUGAAGAGGAGAGCCCUCAUUUCUCCCAGAUGGAGCCACUCGAGUCUUCGACCUCGGAAACAGGGACUGGUGAAGAAGCGGCCGAUCGCGCCAGCAUUGAAGUUGUCAAGCGAGGGACUUUCCGUGCACUUUGGCAUCUUUUAUAUGAGCAAAGGGCCCUUUCCCCACUGUACAUGCUGACGAUACUGGGAGCGAUGGGAGCUGGAUCUGCAUUCGCGUUGCAAAGCUGGCUCUUUGCGAAGCUAGUUCAGGUGUUCCAAUUUACAGGCCAACAGCUGGUGGAUGCGGCCAAUUUCUGGUCACUGAUGUUCUUCAUCCUGGCCCUUGCAAUGGCAGUCUUUUACUUUGAUUUAGGCUUCAUUUCUACCCUGAUAUCAACUAACCUCGCGGCCACUUACCGGAAAGACUACUUUCGAAGCAUCAUGCAGAAGCCAAUCUCCUACUAUGACCAGAUGGAGAAUGCUUCAGGUACUCUGAUGUCCCGUCUCUCCACAGACCCUAAACAGCUCCAGGAACUGUUCGGGAUCAAUGGAAUCUUCCCUGUCAUCUCGAUAUUCAGUCUCAUUGGCUGCAUUGUCGUUUCUUUCUUCUUUGGCUGGAAAUUGGCCGCCGUGGCCUUCUUUGCUGCGUUGCCCUUUAUCUUACUGGCUGCGUACCUGCGCAUCCGGUAUGAGAUCCAGUUUGAAGGCAUGAAUGCAGCAGUUUACGCGAAUAGUUCUAGGUUUGCUACUGAGGCUAUCCAUGCCUUCCGGACAGUCUCAGCUUUGACAAUGGAGGACUCCAUUGUACAGAGAUACUCUGACUUAUUACAUCAACAACGAAGAAAGGCCAUGAGGAAGGCAUGGUAUGCUACGCUGAUCUUUGCAUUCUCUGAUAGUAUCGACCUAUGUGCAAUGGCCCUCACUUUCUGGUACGGAGGCCAGCUGCUUGCGUCGAGAGAAUACGGUCCCGUGGCAUUCUUCGUUGUGUACAUUGCCAUUGUACAAGGAGGCCAGUCAGCAGGUCAGUUCUUUAGUUUUGGGCCCAAUAUUGCGCAAGCCAUUGCUUCCAUUCGACGAAUUCUCGACACCCGGCCAUCCCCAACUGGGGUGAUUGAGGAGCUCUCUCCGUCGACACGGUCUCCUGUCUCCUCUCGAGCCGACGUUCAUUUUCGCAAUGUCACCUUCGUAUACCCUUCGCGCAACACGCCCAUCUUCCAGCGCCUCAAUGUGAGUAUCCAAAGCGGCCAGUUCGUCGCAUUCGUCGGCCCCUCGGGCUGCGGUAAAUCCACCCUCGUCUCGCUCUUGGAGCGAUUCUACGAGCCCACACAGGGAUCGGUAAUGGUGGGUGGACAGGAUAUUCGAUCUCUCGACUGUGCCUCUUACCGUCGAACCCUAUCGCUGGUCGCGCAGGAACCGAAGCUCUUUGAGGGAAGCAUUAAAGAGAACCUCUUGCUUGGGCUUGCCGCGGAUGACCCAGUUCCUGACGAGGAGCAAAUGGUCCAGGCCUGCAAACAGGCAGAGAUCCAUGAAUUUAUCUCUUCCCUCCCGGACGGCUACUCGACGGAGCUGGGUAUUAACGCCCAAGCGGCACUCAGUGGGGGACAGAAGCAGCGGCUGUGCAUCGCACGAGCGUUGAUUCGUAACCCCAGGCUGCUUCUCCUUGAUGAAGCAACGUCCAGUCUCGAUUCAACGUCCGAGAGGCUAAUCCAGGAUGCGAUGGAGUGUCUGGCUGGGAGAAAAACCAUGACUAUCAUCGCGGUUGCGCAUCGGCUGGCCACAGUGCAGAAAGCGGAUGUUAUAUUUGUCUUUGGAGAAGGGCAGGCAGGUCACGGGUCAAGAAUUGUCGAGCAAGGUACUCAUCAUGAAUUGGUACAGAAACGCCAGGUAUACUGGCAGAUGUGCCACGCUCAGGCGUUAGAUCAGUAG